UGCGGAACCAGAUGAUCACUCCUUCUGGUGCCACAGCCAGCUGGAAGUGGAUGGAAAUCAGCACUCACUGACGUGUGCUUUUAAUGACCCAGACAUCAAAACCACUAAUCUGGAAUUUCAAAUAUGACUCUUUGUUCUUCAAGCCCAGCAAGACAUCCUGAAGAGAAGAAAAGCUGGGGCCAGUUGGAAGUAGCGAUCUUGGCAGAAUGACUCUGUACAAGUUGCUUACACGAAAUGAAUUCUUCCUACUAACCGAUUACAUUGGGGCUCUUCUAGGCAUAGAUUGCCUAACUCUUAAUAAGCUACGAGAGAUGUAUUUUAUAAAGACAUCAAAAUUCUUACUGAUUGGUAACAGCAGUGUAUGUGUGAAGCUUGGAAAAAUGGAUGUAAUUUGCAAAAUUUUGGACAUAAGCACAAUAGUUAAACCUGAGGCGCCUUCUAACCUGAAAGUAGUUUAUCGAAAAGAAGCAAAUGACUUUUUGGUAACAUUUAAUACAUCUCACUCAACAAAGAAAUAUGUAACAGCAUUAAAGCAUGAUGUGGCCUACCGCCCAGAAAGGGGUGAAAGUAACUGGACGCAUGUAUAUUUAUUCCAUACAAGAACAACAAUCCUACAGAGAAAACUACAACCAAAAGCAGUGUAUGAAAUCAAAGUCCGAUCCAUUCCCAAUCAUGAAUACUUCAAAGGCUUCUGGAGUGAGUGGAGUCCAAGUUCUACCUUUGAAACACCAGAUUCCAAGUAUCAAGGGGGAUGGGAUCCGGUUUUGCCAAGUAUCAUCCUUCUGAGUUUGUUCUCUAUGGUUUUGUUGGUCAUUUUAGCCCAUGUGCUAUGGAAAAAAAGGAUUAAACCUGUUGUAUGGCCUAGUCUUCCUGAUCAUAAGAAAACUCUGGAACAACUAUGUAAGAAGCCAAAAAAGAAUUUGAAUGUGAGUUUCAAUCCUGAAAGUUUCCUGGACUGCCAGAUUCAUGAGGUGAAUGGCAUUCAAGCCAGGGAUGAAGUGGAAAGCUUUCUGCAAAAUGAUCUUCCUCCACGGCCUGGGGAGCUGGAGAAGCAGGGACAUAGAGCAACUGUACACGGUGCAAACUGGCCAUCUGAGAUUUCAGGCAGCACACCAGAAACGUUCCGAAGAGAAUCACCCCUAAGAUGCCUGGCUAGAAAUCUAAGCACAUGCAAUACCCCUGCAUUCCUUUCCUCUAGGUCCCCUGACUACAGAGAAGGUGACGGAAAUAGGUCUCAUGUGUAUCAAGACUUGCUGCCAAGCUCCAGAAACACAAAUGGCACUGUCCCUCAACCAUUUCCUCUCCAGUCAGGAAUCCUGAUACCAGUUUCUCAAGGACAGCCCAUCUCUACUUCUUCAGUAUUGAAUCAAGAAGAAGCAUAUGUCACUAUGUCUAGCUUUUACCAAAACAAAUGAAUUAUAAGAAACCUGAGACCCCUUCCACAGAAAACCAAAUGAUCACUGAGAUGGAAAGUCUGGAAUGCUUGUCUCCCUCAUAGCUCUUAGAAGAGAAAGUCAACAUGGACUUGCUACACAUCUUCAGCAUUCUAAGAAAUCAUUUUGAUCUCCUAGCUCAAAAGCAUUUAUUCAAAGCAGGAAGAAUCUGCUUUCCCCUUGUUGGAUUAGUCAUAUGAGUACAAAUGACCCAAUUAAAAUUGUAAAACUCAAUUAAAUGAAGAGUAAAGGGAAAGAUAGAAGGAGGUGAAUACAGGAAGAAGAGAAGGAUGUCAGUGGUGGGUCUAUCAUUAGGACUUACUAUAUAUCCAGCAGUACACAACGGCUCUCAUUUCUUCCUCACAAUAAUACUACAAUGUGGGUUCAUCCAUUAGAAUUGUUAUUUUCUUUGUCAUAGAUGCUGAAGUUGAAAGUGGAAAUUUUUAAGUAAUGUCCAGGUUUUUCUUCCAGCAACAGAUGAAGCAUGCAUUCCAACUUCAACCCUCCUUGGCCAUGAACCUGUCCUACUACUGAGUAUCAAACAUCACCACUAAGUGGGUGGUUACAGUCAGAAUCCAAACUGGGUCAUUUUGGAAAGGGAAAGUUAGAAAAAAUUAAUAGCAAGCAUAAACUGUAUCUUUCUUAGAGAGAUGUGGAUACAUGGUCACUUCACGUAAAGUGUCUAUGAGGAUGAACAUAGAGGACAAAAUACACUUAUGGGAGUGAAAUACCGUGACCAUGUGUCAAAGGAAGUGGGAGAAAGAAAAAAGGCACCAAGCUCAUUUGAUUUUGUUUUCUUUCAUUUGAAAACGAACCCAAAAAGUAAUAAGUUAUAAGUCAAGAAGUUCCAGAGUCAGUUAUCUAGACCAUGAUCUUCCUGCUGCUAUUACCCAUCGGCUUCCCUGUGAGAUCGUAUGGGGAGCUAUGGCCAACCUACAUCAGAGCAACAUUUAACAGUGAGUAGAUGUCUCCUCCUGUGACACCAUUACACCUUACCCCAAGUUCUACAGCCUUGGAUAUUGCCUAAACUACAGGAAGAAAGGGCUGUGCACACCUCAGUGAUUAUCCCAACUGAAACUAUGUUUGUGGAAGCAUAAAGAAGAUGGGUAAGUUACUCAAAUGCAAAUGUUGAUUCAUGACUGCAAGCCACAAUUUUGAAUCCCUGCUGUGUAUGGCCAGUCUCCUAAAGAAAACAACAAAUAACUGAAAGACACCGUGAUUGGGUGCCUUAGCAUUAAAAUUCUUUGUUUCAGUGUUGACAUUGGUUGUUUAAAUCGGUGUGUCUCUUCGGUCAUGUAUUAUAUCUAUGCAUUAUAUUCAGAUAACUACAACUGCUGCUAAUGCUUGAUUAUAUACUCAGGAACCACAUGCCAUGUAACAUUACUGGUUUGUUCUGCCAUUUUUCCUCUUGAUAUUUAGAAAGGAAGACCAAAACUCUUGGCCAGAGACAGUAUGCAAAACAGAGAUGUCAAGAACUAUGUCUAAAUAAUGUGAAAUACAAUGAGAAAUAGGUAACAAAUUUAUCAACCAACUAUGUCUGGAUCCAGAGAAUCUCUAGUUAUUCAAUUUAUUUUCUAUAAGCCUUUGUCUCUCUCUUCAUCCAGACUUCCAUGGGAAUUUUUGCCUUCAAAUAAAAGAAUGGGCAAAUUUCUGGAAUUGACACAGUGCUGGUAUUUUUCUUUUCUUUUCUUUUCUUUUCUUUUUUUUAGCUCAGCAAUUUUUUUCUCCAGUGUUCUUUCAUACAUCCACUACAAUGAAGUUCUCUGGGUUGACUGUACACUUUUUAAAUGAAUUAAUAGUAUUCUGUAGAGCUAUUGCAUAGAUAAAUGUAUGGUAUGCAUUACCAUUUCAUGUUUAACUAAAUGCUAAGGAACUGUAUGUCUGCAAUGUACUCUGUGACUAUGAAAACUACACAUAAAUAAAUGGGCUCUAUAGUUCAGCACAGACCUCUUUACCUACUUAAAAUGUUCCUAGGCCAUUUAAUGUGUUACUAUUUUCAGAGAGAUAUUUUUAAGUAAUUCAAUAAUGAACUAAUAGCAAUAUGUUGAGACUCCAUUCUGCCUUACUUUUACACUCUGCUAGCCACUAAACAAUGGGAUGAGAUACUCCAAGCUCACAGUUAUAUGGAAAAAAACAGACUAGCAUUAAAAUAUAUCACACUUAUGUUUUAUGCCAAAUAUCAGUCAAGAUUCUUAGCAUUUAGCAAAAUAAGUGCAUUUUAAGAAGAAAGAGAGUUUACUCAAAUAUUAGAUGGUUCCCAGACCUGCUGGAAGGGUGAAGAGCCAGUCUUGCAGGCCACAGCGUCUCCCUAUAUCUCUGAGACUGACGCCUUCAGAAACUAAACAUCGUUACUUUCCCUGGGGUCACCUGCUCCUGGGAAGUCUUGGUGAUGACACCCAGUGACUUCACACCACAGAUUGCUGGAGUAUAACAGAGCCAGAGCCUGUGGAUGACAGCAGCAAGUUUUGCCCUUGUGUGGGCCACAAAGAACUCCUGGCAUUUAAGUAUACAGUAAAUGCAGGCAAUUGCUAAGGGAUUUGGGGCAAAUCUCCAACAUACAAUGAAGAUUCUACUUCUAGGAGAGAAGAAAAGAGAAACAAAACCAGGUAAAGAGGCUGAAGAGAUGACUCAAUGGCUACAAACACUGGCUGCCCGCCAGUUUCAGAGGACCCAAGUUCAAUUCCCAGUAUUCCUAUGGUGAUUCAGCACUGUCUGUAACUUCUUUUUUGCAGAAAUCCAACACCCUAUUCUGGCUACCCAGAGCACCAGGCAUGCAUAUGGUACACAGAUGUAGAUGCAAACAAAACACCCACACACAGAUAAAAUAAUAAUUUUUAAAAUAUUAAAAAAAAUGGGUAAAGACUAUAUGGAAGAAGAUCCAAACAAGGACAACGUGAAGGUCACAUUUCAUAGGGUAAUGCAAGGCACUGGAGUGGGACAAGUAUCUGAGCCUGGAGAUGACAUGGGGUUUCUCUCAUUGUAGGGAAAGUAUAGUGGUCCAUGGAGUUGUGACAGAAAGCACUGGGAGGAAUGUACAAGUAUAGGAACUACCAUAGUCAUUGCUGACUCAGACUUAGCUCCACUAACUGCAGAAAGGAAGAGAAAUCACAUUUUCAUGGAAAUAACACAAUUCAUCUUGAAUGUUUACUUAAAGCAUGUCUGUAUAUUCUAUGUUAUGUUGGUCAAUUUGGGCUACUUAAACAAGGCAUUGUAGUACAAGUAACUUAAAAACAAUUGAAAGUCAUUUCUCACAGCUGUCAUGGAGUUCUGAUGAAGGCUCUGAGUCAAAGAGCACUGAGUUCUCACUGUGCCUUACAUCAUGGAAGGUAUUCCUAAGGACCCUUGGACAGACUUUAAAAGGUCCUACUUCAAAGAAGAAAAAACUUCUAUGUGAAUUGUGAGGACUGCAGCACAUUACAAGGUCAUUCAUCCUAGGAUAUGGUCAUAAUUUCUUCAAUAAAUGCACUGAACAACAAA